GCUCACCGUUAGCCGAGCAGUCGAAACACGCAGCUUGAGGCGAGCGGUUCUUGCGCGCGCUUACAAACCGCCUAACUACUUAACUCUUUUAACAGCGAGAAGCUACUAACCCACAGCAGUGUCUCAGUAGAAGACGUAAUCGCCAACGUAAUCGUCGCGAGCGCAGAGUUCUGAGAGUGUUGUGCCAAUAUUUAUAGAAAUUUAAAGACAAAAAUAUCAAAAAACAAAAUAGAAAUAAUAGAAUUACAAAAAACAAAAAACAAUACAUAAUUGAGGAGAAACCUGGCUGAUUGAUUGAUUGUGGGCGUAACAAGUACACUUCUGAUUCACACUCGGGAAUAAAUCCAGCAUCGAUCAGGGGACUUACGGAUACUGCAUUGCACUUUAAAGCAAGAGGAAACGAAUCAAGCGAAUAGACGGACAAGAUGAUUUCUCGCCGCAAGAUCAUAUCGCGUUCUCUGGACAAUUUGGAUGCCAUUGGGCAGGAAGAGCAGGAGGAAGACGUCUGGCAUGAUCGAGAGAAGCUCUUUAGGGAUCACAUUAACGAGGUGUUGUCCAAGUGGGAGCAGAUCGAUGACGAGAUCUGGGCCAAGAUAAUUGUCUUCGAGAAGAACCGCCGCGUGGCCAAGGCCUACGCCCGCUCCUCUGUGAUAACCAUAAAUGGAUCCAAGAAUGGAUUCGAUGGUGUGCGCAUUGGCCUAAAUGGCUUUGAUAAUCCCAUGCGCGAUGCGGAGACGAAAGUGAUCAAAAAGUCCAUAGGCGAUGGAUUCAAGAUCAAAAUGGACGACACUGGCAAUAUAUUCAUCAAGCGUUAUGGCAAGAGUAGCAUCUAUGUGAACAGCACUUCGCAGGGGAACGAAGAGACUGUGAUUGGUGGCGACAUUAUCCAAAUGCCCCAGAUGUCCCUCACCGCGGGAACCUCAGCCCGGCUCUUCGACAUGAAAAAGUUCCAAACGAACAUCAACCGCGAAUUCGCACGCACAUAUCCGGAACGUGGACGAUUGGAGCGCCAGUGCCUGUCGGCCGUAUCGCUGGUCAAGUCGAAUAAUAAUCUAAUCAACUCUCCGGUUUGGAUACUCGUUGUCAAUGUGGUGGCCAUGGACAUGCUGAGGAGUCGCCUUCAAAGCAUUCCCAAGUCUUUGGAUGCGAUGGGUAUGCGAGUUCCAUUGACGAACAGCAGUGAGGAUCCCUAUUCCACUAUUGAAAGUCAGGUGGGAUUAAUCUAUCCCACGCCUGCGGCAUCGGAUGAUUCACAGAACUCCCAGAAUUCCCAAAACUCGAGCAACUCCAGCAAGGGACGGCGCAGCAUCUUCAGUGCCGCUUUCCUCAACGAGGGUCCAUAUGUGCCUAAGCCGGACUACGAGGUCAGUUCAUUGACUCCCAUCUAUGCGGAUAAGAAGAGGCAAAAGAGCAGCGGACCCCAACAGAGGAAGAAACAGGAUGAUCCGUACUACUGCGGCCUCUUGGCGCGGAUUCCCAACUUUAUCAAGUCCUCGAAGCAGCCUUGCCCCGGAGCAUCCAGCAAGCCCAAGAAGGAGCCGAAGAUAUCGAGGAAGAUCUCGGCGCAGCACCAGCACCAAUGUCCUAGAGAGCGCCCACGAAAAGUGCACGGAGAGAUUGGCAAAGAUUCAGGAUGGGGGGGCGGAGAUAUGUCAUAUGCAAAUUAAUUGCUACUUUAGGCGAGUUCAAUUUAUUGUUUUCUUAUUAUUUUUUGCUGUACAUACAAUUCAUAUGUAAAUAAGUUCGAUUUAAAAACAUGUAAACGAUAUUAGUAUUCAUUAAAAGAAAUUUCUAAAAGUCA